AUGAGAGCCAGAUGUUCGAAAUACUUGUUGAUAGCGGACAUAGCCAAGGCAUUCCAUCAAGUCCCUCUUCGACCGGAGUUCCGGAACGUGGUGAAGUUCCUGUGGGUGAAAGAUCCAGAGGGGUCCACGAACCACGAAAAUCUCGUGGUCUACCGGUUCACAAAGCUACCCUUCGGAGCUUCAAGCUCACCGUUUAUUUUGGCGGCGACGAUUCUGCUGUAUUUGGAGAUGAACCCGCAUGAAAUAAAUGAGCGAAUCAAAAGUAACCUGUAUGUGGAUAAUGUCGUAUUGACAACCAAUGAGGAAAGCGAACUCCCGGAGCUGUACUCAGGAUCAAAAAAGGCGUUUAACAACAUGUCUAUGAACCUGAGAGAAUACAUGACCAAUAGCAAGGGGACUAUGGAAAAGGUACCAGUGGUGGACCGGGCCCAAGCAGAAGUGAACAAGUUAUUGGGUCACGUGUGGGAUAGUGUGAAUGAUACAAUCACAAUAAAAAAUUCCUAAACCACCAACUGGCCACCCGACCAAAAAGGCAGAUGGCAUCGUUUUUUUAGCGUCCAAUUACGACCCCCAGGGGUUACUCUCGCCUAUAAUCGUGCCGGUCAAGGAGGUUAUACAAAAAGUUGUGGGAGAAAGAGGUGAAAUGGAAACAGAGGAUUCCAAAGCAGCUAUUGAAAGAGUGGGAGGUGAUAAAGGAAUCGUUCACUCAAACGUCAUAUACACUACCGCGACAGUUGGUGGUACAUUAUGAUUACGAGAGCGUCCAACUGCUAGUGUUCAGCGACGCCUCCGAGAGGCAUUUCGCAACGGCAGUGUACGCACACUUCAGGUACAAAGACAGAGAGCCAGUCACAAAAACUGGUGAUGUCAAAAAUCUAAGGUGAAACCAAAGAACGUGAGCUUGUCGAUCCCGCGAUUGGAGUUGAUGGGAAUGGAGAUAGCAUCCCACGCGUCGCUCACGGCGUACAAGGAGUUGAAAAUGGAGAAAUUGAAGGGAGUGAAGUUCUUUUCGGACUCCAUGAUUGCCCUAUAUUGGGUAUUGAAGAAAGAGAAGUUGACAAAGUUCGCUCAUAACAGAGUCGAAAAAAAUCCAUCAAAAACACUCUGUGGUUGAAGGGGAAGGGUUUCGAUCCAUCAUUCCAUCAUUGCCCAACAGAGUAUAACCCGGCGGAUCUGGCGUCCAGAGGAGUGGUCAUGGAGAAACUGUUCAAUAACAGCUUAUGGUUCGACGGACCUGAGUUUCUCAAGAAUCCAGAAUCCGAGUGGCCGAUACGACUUGAGGGGAAGAUCAGUUAUCCGCAGGAGUUCAGGGAGCUGAUUUUGAAAGAGGUGGUCCUGAGUAAGGCAGCGAAAAAGAAGUUAAACGCGACCGCGGCGUUGGCAGUAGACACGACCGAUCAGGACGGGAAGGGAAGACCCUUCAUCCCGUACAAUAGAGUAAGUUCUCUGGCAAAGCUAACCACGGUGAUGGGGCUAGUGAUGAGGUGGUUCGUAAGAAAAUUACCGAACAAAGAGUGGGAGAGUCUGGUCAUGAGACAGUUGGCCAAAGCAAAAGACAAUCACGUCAGACAAAGAUGCAUCGCGCGCACGUUCGUGAUUGCGAGGCAUUAUGAAGACGGAAAGUCGAGACUGAAUCUCAGUCUACCGACAAAUAUGAAUUUGGAGCCGGGGGAAGAAGGAGUGUAUCGGUAUCAUCGACAGCUGGACAACUCCAGAUUGUCAGCCGAUGCGAAGAACCCGAUCUUGAUCCUACGGGACCACGAACUGGCAACACUGAUAGCUCGAGAGGUUCACAGGAUGAAUAUGCACAUCCCGCAGACCUAUCUCAUCGCAGCCAUCAGACAAAAAUAUUGGAUACCACAAGUGGGAACACUUGUAAAACAGGUGAUUCGAAGGUGUUCCAGGUGCAGAAGACAGGUGGGGAGACCGUUCAGGUACUCCUAUUCCAAAACCCUGCCGUCGUGCAGAACCACACCGGUCGCUCCGUUUGCUCAUGUGGGAUUGGAUUAUUUCGGUCCAAUCACCUACAGAACGCUAAGAAACAAGGAGGAAAGCAUGGGUGAUGCUGAUUACGUGUUUGCUCACAAGGGCAGUUCACCUUGA